AUCGUAUAUUAUCAGCACAUCGCCUAUCUCGAAGAAUUGCAUCGCAAAAAUGCCUUGAACUCCAUCGUAUUAAAUAUCCAGAUCUACCGGUUCCAUUAAUAUAUAGGCCAAGAGAUGGACGUAAACAAAACUGCCUCGUUCCAAUUCCCGGUUCAUCUGAGAAACAGGAACUAGUAAAAAAUGAUAUAGUAUAUUUACCGUUGAAUAUGCUUCCUGAAAAAUUUAUAAAAGAUAUAUUAAGCGAAGAAAAAAUACUUGAUUGGAAUUUGGGAUAUGCUAUGACUGUGCAUACUAGUCAAGGGAUGACGCUUGAAGCUCCACAACGAGUUUGGGUUAUUGAUGAACAUUUGGCGUGGGAUAAUCUAAUAUAUCUUGCAGUAGGUCGUGUAGAAUAUUUGAAUCAACUUGUGCGAAUUGAAG